AUGGCCGAUCACCGCCCCAUUCAAACGAGCGCCGUCAUCGUGCUCGGCGCUCCAAAAACGCCCGCUCUCCCGCCGCCCUCGCCGCCGACUCCAUGCGUCUCACCGCACGACAGCACACUCUGCGAGCCCACGAGCCCCUUCAGCCUCGGCGAGGGUCAGCCGGCGCGGCACCGCGAGGCGGCGACAGAGCGGCGCCUGUCGCGCGGCCUGCACGUCCUGGCCACAGAGGCGGCCGCCCUGGCAGACCUCGCCCGGUUGUACGAGGAGGACGCCGGGGCCCGGGACGGCUUCGACCGGGCGGUGCAGGUGAUUGCGCACCGCAGCGCCGCCGGCGGAAAGUUGGUCGUGGUCGGGGUUGGCAAGUCGGGACACAUUGGCCGCAAGAUGGUGGCGACGCUGCAGAGCCUGGCCAUCCGGUCCGCGUUCCUGCAUCCGACCGAGGCCCUGCACGGCGACCUGGGCAUAGUCGGUCCUCGCGACACGCUGCUCUUCAUCACCUUCUCGGGGAAGACGCAGGAACUGCUGCUGCUGCUCCCUCACCUGGCCGAGACGUUGCCGGCCAUUGUGCUCACCUCGCACACGCGGGCCGAGACGUGCGAGAUCAUCAGGCGCCGGCCAGACGCGGUCCUGGUGCCGGCGCCCAUACCCGAGGCCGAGAAGACGUCGUUUGGCGUGUCGGCGCCGUCGACGUCGACGACGGUGGCACUGGCUCUUUGCGAUGCACUGGCCAUGACGGCGGCGAGCGAGCUUCACGACAAUGUGCCGGCCGAGUUUGCCAGGAACCACCCGGGGGGCGCCAUCGGGGCGGCCACCGCGGCAGAGACGACAAUGACAGCAGACAAGACGUCGACCCCGACGGCGACGAGACGGUCUCAGACGACAAUCAAGCACGUGGCGGUGCCGUGGGACGAGCUAUCACGGACCGCGGGCUUGAGCCGCGAGGACCUGGGCGUCGAUCUCCUCCGGGUGGGGUACGGCUCUAAAACGGGCUGGGUCAGGGUGGACGACGGGGUGGCAGCGCCGGCCAAGAUCCGACAGCUGUCGAGGUCAGAUGCGGGCCUGCGCCUCGACGAGGUGCCAGGCCUCAUCACGACCCGUCGUGACAUGAUUCCCCUGCCAUCCGACACGUCAAUUCGACAGGCCGGCGACAUGGUCCGUGCAAUGCGGGCGCAGAACGGAGACAUGGAGAAAGAGGAGAGUGAGGAGGACGAGGAGGAGAACGGAGGGGGGGGGUUAUGCGGGUACGAUGCCGUGAUUGCCGCCGUCGAGGGCGGCAGCAUCGUCGGCGUCCUCGAAGCUCGACAGAUCCUCGUUUGCCUGUAG